AUGGCUAAAACUAAAAGAAAGGGUAACUCGAGAAAGAAAUCUGCCAAGAGAGUAUUAAAUGCCUUAGAAAUUGCUGAAAAAGAGCUUAAUGGCUUUAACAGCUCAAGUGAUGAAGAGAGCUAUAACAAAUCAGGUAGCGGUCGUCGUAAGAAUGUUGUUAAUCUAUUAAAACGUGUUCAACGUGGUGAAAGUAGGGAUGACGAUGAUGAUGUAAGUGAUGAUAGUUUUGUUGACGAAGAAUUAGAUUCUGAUGAUGCCUUAGGUUCCGAUGAUGACUAUGAUGUAUUGAAUUCAAAAUUUUCUCAAACUAUACGUGACAUGACAAAGAAAUCUGGUAAAGAGUAUGUUCCAGAUUAUAUUGAUGAAGAGGAAGGUUACACCUCCAUUGAUGAAGAUGAUUUAAUGCCUCUAUCAGCUGUUUGGGAUAUGGAAGAUAAAACCAAGGAUGACGAUAUUAGUGAUAGUGAUACUGAACAAUCAAAAAAUCAACUAAAACUUGAUGAUAAUCUUUCUGAAUCUUCCUCAAAUGAAGAAUCCUCAUCUGGCGAAGAAUCUGCAUCUGACGGAGAAUCUACAUCUGAAUCUGGUGACGAAUCUAACUCUGAUUACGAUCCAUUUGAUGAAAUCUCUGAAGAUGAAGAAGACGUUGCGUUAAAUACAAUUACCAAUGAUUUAAUUAAAGACACAAAUCAAAACAUUAGUCGUAAACUAGAUACAUAUGGUGGUGGUGAAGAAAGUGAAUUUGUUUUACCUACAAAACAUGUAUCCUCAUCAAUUGGAAAUUCUGGUAAAUUAAACUUGGCUGAUAUGAUGAAUGCUAUUGAUGAUAAAAAAGCAAGUGCAGAAGCUGCAUUUGUUACUAAUAACCCACAAACUUCACAAGUAGUCAGUGUGCCAUUACCACAACGUAUUCAAAAGCGUCAUGAAAGAGAAGCAGCUUAUGAAAUUUCGAAAAAAGAAGUUCAUAAAUGGAAAGAUAUCGUUGACCAAAACCGUGACGCAGAUCAUUUAGACUUCUCUAAACUAAAUAAUAAAACUAAACAAAAGGAGGCAAGUGUUUUUACAAGAGAAUCAAAGCAUAAUAAAAAUGAAUUGGAAAGUAAAGUGGAUGAACUUCUAGAAAAAAGUAAUUUAGCUGAAGAUAUCGAAAAUUCUAAAUUUGAAGAAUUAAGUGAGGCUAAAAUGAGUAGUGAAGACAUAAUUAAGAGAAGGAAUGAAGUUCGUUUAAUGAGAGAAUUAAUGUUCCGUGAAGAAAGAAAGGCAAGAAGAAUUAAAAAGAUCAAAUCAAAAGCUUAUCAUCGUAUUAAGAAAAAGGAAUUGCUAAAGAAUAAAGCAUUUGCAGGUAUUGACGAAUUUGAAGAUGAAGAAGAUGCAGAAAUUGCAAGAGCCAAAGAAAGAAUGACAUUAAAACAUAGAGCAAAUUCUAAAUGGGCAAAAGAUAUGGUUAAACAUGGUAUGAGUAAUGACAAAGAAACAAGAGAAGAAAUUGAAGAAAUGUUGAGACAAGGAGAUAGAUUAAAAGAUAAAAUAUUAGGGUAUAAUGACAAUGAAGAUCGUGAUAAUAGAGACAUCAAUGAUCUUGAAGAUGAGUACGGUGAUGAGGAUCAAGAAGCUGCCGAUGCAAAGACAAGAAAUAUUGGUAAAAGUGGUAUUAUGAAUAUGCAAUUUAUGAAGAAUGCAGAAUCAAGAGAAAGAGAAGAGAAUAAAAUUGCUAUUGACAGAUUAAGAAGAUUUGAAAAUGGUGAAGAUGUUGAGCAAUUCUUUGGAAAUGAUGAGGAAAAUGGGAAGAACCGUGCUGUUAAUGUUGAACUAAAUAAAGGUAGGCGUAUCUAUACACCUGGUAAUCUUGAUAGUAAAAGAGAAAUGGAUGAAUUAGAGAAAGAAGUUAUGGAAGAGGAAAAUAUAGAUAGAGCAAGAACGUUAGAAGGGCGUUUAACUAAAAAAAUACAAGGCACAAAAGUAGAGAAGAAACUAUUUGAAGAAAAUCUAACCAAAACCACUGAGGAGGAUGAAUCAGAUAAAGAAAGUGUAAAAAAAAAUGAUGGGAAUAAUACAACAAAACAUGAUAAUAGAGAAGAAAACGAUGUUAAUCCUUGGUUAGUUGAUUCUGAUGAUGAAGAUUCACAUAUUAAGAGAAGUUCAAAAGUUGAAGUGAUUGAUAAAAAUAGUAGUAAGCUUGUUAAGAGUGGUAAUAAGAUUGCCAAGGCUAUGAAUAAGAAUCCAAUGAAAAGAACUCAUGACGAUGAUGAUGAAUUACUAGAUGUAAUGAAUAAUAAAUUAGAACUUAAUAGGGAUAAAGAUUCUACUUCAUAUAUGUUUCAACAACAAGAUGUUGUUGCAGAAGCAUUUGCUGGUGAUGAUGUAGUUACUACGUUUGAACAAGAGAAAGCUGAAAUUGCUGAUGAUGACGAUGAUAAAGAAGAAGAUGUAACACUACCUGGUUGGGGUUCUUGGGCAGGUGCAGGUGCUAAUCCAAAGAAAAAGAGAAAGUUUACAAAGAUUGUAAAAGGUGUUGUUGAAAAAGAUAAGAGAAAGGAUAAGAAUUUAAAGAAUGUAAUAAUAAAUGAAAAAUUCAAUAAGCAUAGUGUUAAAUAUCAAUCAUCUUCAGUUCCAUUCCCAUACGAAAAUAGAGAACAAUACGAAAGAUCGCUACGUAUGCCUUUAGGUCAAGAAUGGACGUCACGUUCUUCUCAUCAAAAAUUAAUAAAACCACGUAUUAUGGUUAAACCCGGUGAAGUAAUUGAUCCAUUAAAGGCACCAUUCAAAGGAUAA